AUGCUACCUCUUCUUGUAAAACCAGAUUCACCAAUGGCUGAAGUAACAAGAAACAUAAAAGAUGCAAAAACGCCUAAUUCCAAUCGAUGUUCUGUAAUAAUUAGUGUGCCAAUGACGAAUGCAUCAGUAGUUGUCGUUGGAAUUCCACACACACGACCUGAUAGAAAGUUCUUGCGUGAAUCAGUACCCAGUACAGUAACAGCACAAACAGCAGAAUCCCAACCAACACUACAACCAGCUUCAUCUACAGUACCACCAAAAGUGUCAGCAAUGAGUAAUCAAGGAACCACCACAACCGUCUUAGUAAAAACAGCAGAAGCCAAACCAACACCACAACCAGCUUCAGUAACCACUUCACCAGAACCAACAACAGCAGCAGCAACAAUUUAUGGGCUACCAAUUAGUCCAGUAACAGCAGAAGCCCAACAAACAUCACAAUCAGCUUCAUCUGCAGCACCACCAAUAGUAUCAACAAUGAGUGCUCGAGGAACUAUUACAACAGUCUUAGCAACAAUACCAGAAGCCCAACCAACAGCACAACCAGCUUCAAUAACCACUUCAUCAGAGCCAACAGCGGCAAUAAUUUCUUGGCUACCAAUUAGAAGAAGUGUGAGGCAGCCAAAUCACCUCAAGGAUUUUUUAGUGUCUAAGAGCUCCAAGAAAGCAGCGUUGAGAUAA